AUGUUUUUCUCAUUGAUCCCCGUCCUACUCGGUACCGUUGUGAUUCUUUCUAGCUACCCACCGCCAGGUGCACCUUGGUUUGCGUCAGCGUCUCAUCAAAUAUUCCGACGAGGAGUCGAAUCAGGACCUGGUAUUUAUCUCACAGGAUAUAUGUCAGAAAAAAUCAGCGGAAAGGAAAUAGUCGAUGGCCAGCCUACUUUUAUGAAGAUAGCUGAUGCUACAAAGCGUGCCGUAGAAUAUCUGAGGAAGGGGAAGGAACCAGUCUGCGAUCAACCCUUCAUGGGACACGAAUAUCCUAACCCAACUAGUUCAACUUGUACCGACAAAGUCAAGCAGUACCUUGAGGCAAUGUAUCGUUACGGUUAUCAGUCGGGUAGACUUCGACCGGUUCGUAUAGUCGAGGAGGGCGAACGUGGGGGUUCACGCGGACCAGAUAGUGGAAAGUCUGCUGACCAGCCGUUCAGUAAGGACAAGGAUUCGUUCAUCGAGGAUAGGCGUCAAGGCUCGGCUACUCCAACGCCUUCAAAAUCCGAAAUUGAACAAACCCAAGCAUCUGAGCCAUCCUACGAGCAGGUUAGGAUACUCGAGGCGGGUGCAACAUGCCCAGUGUGUCUUGAAGGCUACCGAAACCCCACCACGAACGGCCAAGGAGGAGUGCGAUGGAAUUGGAUUUAUAAUUGCGACAAAUGCUCUACACACUACCAUCACCACUGCCUCAAACGCAGGUAUUGCCCGAAGUGCAAUGAGCAAGUGAAAACAAAAUCUCCCCCAUUGUGGAAGGUGGCCAGAAAUGCGCUGAUCAAACCUGGCAUGGCGAAUAAGUUUAUCAGGGUUUUGAGGAAUUUCAGUUAA